CUGUCGGUCAGUGCGGGCGGGAUGGCGGCGGCGGCGGACGGGGACGGCCCGGAGUUGGAGCUCCCGCGGCGCGGCCCGGCCGAGCCCGAGCCCGAGCUGGAGUCGGAGCCGGAGCUGGCGCUGGCGGCCGAACUGUCGGCGCGGCGCAGCGCGGAGGCGCGGCAGCUGGUGCUUUCGCCGCGGCGGCUGUCGGGCCCGCUGCCCGCCGGGCUGUCGCAGUGGUUCCCGGCGCUGGAGGUGCUGGACGUGAGCGGGACGGGGCUGGCAGAGAUGGGCGCGGAGCUGCUGUCCCUGCCGUGCCUGCACACGUUGCUGGCCAAGAACAACCGGCUGGGCGGGCCCGGGUCGCUGCCCAAGGGGCUGGGGCAGGCGCCGCUCGCCCGCUCCCUGCGCGUCCUCAACCUGAGCGGGAACCGCUUCGCCGAGGUGCCGCCCGCGCUGCUGCGGCUCCACGGGCUGCGCAGCCUCAGCCUCGGCGGCAACCGGCUCCACAGCAUCCCGCCCGACAUCCAGGAGCUGCGCAGUUUAGAGUUUCUAUACCUUGGAGGAAAUUUUAUUACUUCAAUUCCACCUGAAUUAGCAAAACUGCCUUGUCUGAAGUAUCUAGUUCUGUGUGACAACAAGAUCCAGAGCAUUCCACCUCAGCUGGCACAGCUGCAUUCCCUGCGUUCCCUUAGCCUUCACAAUAACCUGCUGACUUACCUUCCUCGAGAGAUCCUUAACCUGGUUCACCUAGAAGAGCUGAGCUUGCGCGGGAACCCGCUGGUGGUUCGGUUUGUCCGUGACCUGACCUACAACCCCCCGAGCCUUCAGGAACUUGCUGGACGCACAAUCAAAACUCGCAAUGUUCCCUACGCUCCCAGCGAUCUCCCGGAGACUCUUGUCCGGUAUCUGAGCUUGGCCAGCAACUGUCCCAAUCCGAAAUGCGGGGGUGUCUACUUUGACAGCUGCGUCAGACAAAUCAAGUUCGUUGACUUCUGUGGGAAGUAUCGCCUCCCGCUGAUGCACUACCUGUGCUCCCCAGAGUGCUCCUCUCCCUACAGCUCUGCCUCCCAGAGCUCUACUUCCCAGAGCGAGUCUGACUCUGAGGAUGAGGCCAGCGUCGCUGCGCACAGGAUGCAAAAAGUCCUUCUGGGAUAACAGGGAGCGAGAGGGGAAGACAGGAAGGAAAACAGAUUUGAAAAGCAAUAAUGGAACAGUGAAGCAUGAGCCACUGGCCUGAAGGGCUCAUGAGAAAUUGUCCUCAAGUCCAUGCAAGGGGCAGAACAUCUUAGCAAGCCUAGACUUGCUUGGUGCAGUGCUACUUAGGAGAUCUAACUCGGUAGCGUACUGCCUGUAGGUUGCCUGGGGUUGUUAGGAAUGUCUCUUGACUGGGAGACACCCUCCCUCAGAGGGGCAGGGGAGGGGGAUUUGUUCUCACUGGCGGAUUCAGAAGGGGUUUAAUACAUGAAACUUCACUGGACUUUGGUCAUCCUGCAUAGCAAAGGAGACUGUCCAGAUCUUUUAACACUGUGGUAAAUCAGAAACAGGCUAAUGAUGCCAUGUGAGUAUGUAUGGACCCCAGUGUUUUAUAUAGCGGUUUCAUUCUUUUCUGUCUCCUUUGAUUUCAGUUACAGAUUUUACACCCAUCCACUGAAAAUGAAAGUUGAAAUGUUUUGUUCAGGACUAUUUCAAGCCCUGGUUACUCUUCCUUUGCCAAGAGGUGUAGCAUCUCUUAGCUGUUAUAGAUGUUAUAGCCAUCAUAGAACUGAGCCACCUUUUUUCUCCCUUGUUAUAGUAAGCUACUCUUACUGUCUCAUUCUAACUGUACUUGUUAUUUUUCUUCCCCUUGCCUCUUCCCAUUACACCUAGAGUGUUGCUGUCUUUAUGAUGCCUUCAGGAAACAGAGAAGUUGUUCUGCUGAGACUUUUAGUAUUACUUCAGACUUGUGGCCAUAAGUGCCUGUGCAAGGGACCAGAUGUGGUGCUCUGUGUCGCACUUUUGAGUCUCAGCUUACCUGGAGCAGAUCUGCUUUUAUAUUUGUGAAUUGCAGGAAAGGUCUUGAUUGACAGUCUUUGUUUAUAAACAGCCACAUUUCCCCUGCUGCAGUUAGCUCUGCUGUGCUUGGUAGAGUUACUUUCCAUCUUUUAGGUCAUAUGACUAAGCAGCUUAAUGGGAGUACCAGGGGAAGUGCUGUGGAGAAUGUCUUUUUUCCUGAUUCAGAACACGAGAGGAAAAGCCAGUAGGGAGGCAAAGGCACGUUGUCUGAGCAUCUUGCACGAGGUGGUUUUGAAACGUCUUCCUUAUUUAUUUGUUUGCAUUUGCUCUUGUUUAAUAGCUGUGGCAGUCUGUUGGCUGGUUCAAAUAACACAUUCAGUUAUCUUAACUAUGUUUAAAGGAAAGCUGCAGAAAACAGCUCGCAAUUUUUAUGCAUCAAGAAAUUCCUUAUAAAAUUAAUAUUAUUAAUUGAGAGGUAUCUAUAAAUCUACUUUAUGAGGCUGUUGUUUGUUUUGCUCAGUGAGAGCUGCCCCUUUAUUAAUAUUUCAUGGUAAACAGUCCUUUUGAUGCAGUUUCUGAUAGAGCAAAUCCAACUGUGCCUUUGAAUGCAUGAACAGAGCAAAACCAUCAUGUUAAGAAGCUGAAAUGAACAAGAAAAACUUCUCUUAACCCACUUUGGCCCUACAGGGGAAAUUAAAAACCUGUGGUCCCCUCCUAUAUUCAGAAAACACAUGUACCUAUUUGAACAUCUUAUGGCAGCUCUGUGUUAAUGGCCCUGUUUAAUUAUCUUUGACACUUUAUAUAUUAAAGCACUUUGAUAAUUCUGUUCUUUACUACUAGCUUUAGUGAUUUUUUUUUUAAUUAGACUACAUUUUUUCCUUUCAUGUGACCUGAAGAACAAGGUCUGUGAAACUUUUUAUGUUCCAGUCUGUCUCUGUGUGCAGCAUGAAUUUCUUGCCUUGCAUUUCCUUGACAGCACUCCAUAUUUCCCCAGUUUCCUUUGUGAAGAACUGGAAUUUGGAAGAAAUGAUCUAGCUGUCCAUUGUUAAUUAUUGCAACUUGGUCCCCACAUGCACAUAUGAUUCCCCCCCUGCACAAAUCUGCAGGGAACUAAUUGCAUGUGCCUAUGCCUUUCCAAAUAAUUUUUAAAGGUAUAUUUUUAAAACACAAUAAGGCAUAUGUCCCAAGCAACUGGAUGUCACUUUGGCAAAUUCUGUGAGGUUUGUAUGGGAAGAAAAACCUACAGAUUUUGAGAGAAGCCAACUGCAUGCUGUUUGUUAAACUGCAGUCAGAGAGUGGCCUGUUUUGUUCAUCUCCUCUUUCAGAUCCUUCUUCCUGUCCCACAUGAACGUAGUCACACCAAUGCUGAAGGACAGUAAGCUGAUUCCAGAGCCACAGUUUUAAAUUGCCUGCUGGUAUAACAGUAGUGAGUGAUCUAGAGCUUGACUCUCCUGCCAGUGAAAAUGAGCCACACAAGUUGAGAUCUCAAGAUCUUUUGAGCUCAGGGCCAUGAGGUACCACCUCCCUUCUCUUUAGCAGCAGCUGCCUUGAAGUCAUGCAUUUUUUCAUUUCACAAAUUUAGAUUUCAUCACAGCUCCUAUUUGCACAGUAGCACCUCUGUGUGUGGUGAAUUAAGACCAGUGGUGGCUGAUUCUAAUGUAGCUCAAUCCUUAACUGCAUUUUCUUUCCUAACUGAACAGGCAUCCCCUUUCUGCCCAAAUUUUGUAUGGUUUAUUAGGUUAAUUUUUUUUUUUCACAGCUUCUUCAUUGUAGCCAGGUCAAAGACAGCUUAUGCAGUUGAUAUCUCUAUGCAUUUUUAGACUCAAUAAAAUACCUUGUCUCUUAAAAAUUUAUAUAUAUUCCUGAACACAGCUACCAAGUUUUCUUUUUGCUGCUGGGCUUUAAAGUGCAAUUCAAGUAAGUCAGAAUUUAAAACAAUCAAGGACUUAAAGGAAAAACAAAUUAUUGGUUAGUUGGUUGGUUAGGUUUGGCUUUUUUCCCUUAGAGGUAUAUUUGAGAGGACUAGGGAUGCAAGUGUGUGCUGUGGUGCCUAACACACUGAGCCCCUGGGAGUCAAGUUUUUCAGCAAUUGUUAGCCCCAAAAGACUCAAAAACGUAUUGGGCAAUAUCAUAGGUAUUCACAACUUGAAAAUAUGCAGAUGGAUGGUAGGGGCUAGUUCCUACUGUUCCCUUCUCUGGGGCCCUGAGAAGCAGGCAGUGGUUUUGCCAGCACUGUAGCUCUUUCUGUCAGUUUUCAGCAGAUUGCAGUUCCUACAGCUGCAUCUCCAAGUGAAGUCUUCAGACAGUGUUUUGGUAUCAGUCCACUUGUUGCUACAGCAGCCCAGCAUGUCCAGCUUUCAAAGCUGUUCUUAAGCUGAGACACAAGUGUGUGAAGCAAAGUUGCUCAUUCCUCCUUCCCCAUGGGGCCCAGGGCCCUGCCUGCAUUCAUCCUCUGCCCUGCCAUCCUCUGCCAAGAGGAGCUGCUGGUGCCUUUCUGAAUGCAGGUACUUGAUGUGAACAGUGGGGUCAUGUUAAAAAGAAGCAAAAUAUCAAUUUGACUGGAAGCAACUUAGACAGUUGCCAAUUCUUUUAUGUUUCUCUUUCUUUAAUAAGAGGUGAGACCUCAGGAAGUCAGUAAUGAAUAUUUAAACAUACUCUGAAGUGGCCAGAUGUAGUUUUUCAUGGGCUUCUGUCCUGGUCACUUUAAGUCUUUGAAAUCUUGUGUUGAAUCAUAAUGGGAGUGGGGGGGAGGGAGGAGAGAACCAGCUCCUUUUUGUUCCUUACUCUUGUUGGCAAUAAUGAAUGGAAGGAAUUUAAUCCAAUGAAAGUAAUGAAACUUAAUCCUUGCAAUGCAUCUUUGUUGCCCAGUUCAAAGAACUAUUUUAAUGCAUCUUAUUCACACCAUGCCCUCCUUCCCCAACUGAAGACACUUCAAACAGACUGCUUCAGAAUGCACACUAAUACAGCAGUAACUCUGUCUUGGAAACCUUUCUAUUGAUUAUUUUCACUUGCCUGCCUGACUAGAGAAUUGAUCAUUUACUGACCUGAGGGUAGAACACUAAGAAUAGAAAGGGUUCUCAUCCAGCCCUCUUGUUGAAUUUUUAUCAUGAGCAUUUGUUUUAGGAAGUCUUAAAGUGCCUUAUGAUUUUAAAAUUAUAUUUUGCCUGAAACAUAUGAAUGUAGAAUAUCUCUAACAGUAUUUCAUUAUAAACUGUAAAACAAAUUGCAAACACUAAACCAAAAAUGUUACUUCUA